AUGCCAAUCCAGAUUUUAGAAGAAGCAAAAGAUAGUAUUACGUCUUUACAGAUCUCUCAAUAUGAAAUUGUAUCUGGAUGUACUGAUGGAAAUAUACGAACGCAUGACAUUCGAAUGGGUACUCUUUUGACAGACUUAAUUUCGCGUAAGUCUUUUUAUGAUGUAACCGUUAAGAUGCUUAAAAAUCAUUUCAUGGGGCUUACUAUCUUGAUUCUUCAAAGAUCCGGUUACGAUUCAAAUCUUAGUCGUAACUCUCUUUGUCAACGAUUAUUUAUAGAAAUGUCAUCAGUUUCUCGCUUGCCUUCACGCUUGCCCACAACUGGGCAUAGUGAAAUUACGACUAGUCAAAAAUCUUUAACGAUUCCAACCUCACAAAAAUCUUCUACGAUACGAACAAAUUUGAAACCGCCAUCUACGGUCUCAAAGCAAGCUUCUUCAUUCAUACCAUCUCAAUCUUCUACAAAUGAUGAGGAGUCUUCUCAGCCAAGUCAUACACCAUAUGAUCCUCUCGGCACCUCAAAACUUACUAGUAAUCCCAACGUAAAGUCUAAUCCUUCAACGAGAACAUUGUUCAACCUCAAGAAAAGCAAUUCUUUGAGUGUACGAUCUGGUAACACUCCAUCGACCGAAAUGGACAAUCUCCGCACGGAAAAUUCUCAACUUUGUCUUGAACUUGAAAGACUUCGUGCAGAACAAGCAAAAAUUUUAGCUGAAAAUGAAAAAUUAAAAGCAGAAAAAAUAGAACUUUUGCAAGAAAAAGAACGUGAUCGGGCCCAAUAUCGAAAUGAAUUGGAAGUAGCUAAUAAUUUAAUAAUCGAACAAUCGACUACCAUGACUGAACAACAAACCCUCAUUGAGGAGCUGAUGGCUCAAUUAGAUGAGCAAGAACAAGUUUGCCAAGACCUCCAUAACAUGAUUGAUACUUUCAAGGCCAAACAAAACCUCUCAUCCAAAGAAGUUGAAAACAAACCAAAAGUACAAAUAACUAAAGAUGAUUAUUCCACAGUUCAAGUUUAA